GUUUAAAUUAAAAAUAUCUGAAAUAAUGUUUAAAACGCUAGGUUGUUUUUUUGCGCUGGUUGUGCUGGUGGCUGGUCGUGUUGAGCUUCCUCCAGAACUUCAAGAAUACGUCAAAGAUCUUCACAAUAUUUGUAUAGCAAAAGCCGGUAUUACAGAAGGUGACCAUGCAGCGUAUGAUAUAGAAAAUAAUCCUCAUGAUCCAAAACUUAUGUGUUACAUGAAGUGCCUUAUGUUGGAAGCAAAAUGGAUGGCUCCUGACGGUGCGAUCCAAUAUGAUUUUAUCAUUAAUACUGCUCAUCCAAAAGUUAAAGAUCUUUUGGUUACCGCAAUUAACAAAUGUAGGACGAUUGAAGAUGGAGCAAAUUUGUGCGAAAAGGCAUCCAAUUUAAACUUUUGUUUACACAAAGCAGAUCCAGAGAAUUGGUUUUUGGUUUGACACUCCAAAGAUUCGAUAUGGACCUUAAGAUGUUAAUUCUAUAAGACGUACAUUGUUUAAAUUAUUUUUUUCUGAAUUGAAUAAAACCUGUAAAAAGGUAUAA